AUGGAUUACUCUAGUCACAAUACCGGCUACGAGGGUAACGAUGACGACGAGCAUGUGGACGAAGAGGAGGAGGAGGAGGAAUACGACGAGGAGGAGGACGAGGAGAGGGGUGUGCCGAACAUGCUGGCGUUUAUGCUAGGGAACGUGAACGACGAGGGUUCGCUGGAGGAGGAGUACAUGGAUGAGGAGGCGAGGGAUCACUUAGCUGGAUUGGCGGACCAGCUCGGUCCAGCCUUGGCUGACAUGGAGUUUGAGGCGCGGUCAGGGGCCGGGCAAGCUGGUGAUGAUGUUGAUGCAGACUACGACCGGAAAGCAGACGAUGCAGAGGACUAUGAGGAUAUAGACGAGGCGUUUGAGGAGGACGAUGCUGGCGCUGGUAGCAGCGGUGCUGGUGCUGCUGCUGCUCCUGCUGCUGCUGGUGGCGAUGCUGGUGGAAGUGGGUUCGAUUAUGCUGCUGGGCUGGAAGCAGUUGGUGCGGGUGAUGCAGGGGAGGAAGAGGAUUAUGACCUGGAGGAGGAGGAGAUGGAGGGGGAGGAGGAGAGGGAGGAGGAAGCGGAGGAGGCAGCGGGACAGGGCGCAGGGAAAGGGGGGUUUGAGGAUGGGAACAUGGGUGCAGUUGGAGGGGGAGAGGCUGCAAUCGAGGGGAGUGCGGAGCAGGAGGAGGAAGAGGAAGAGGUGGACGAGGGAGAAGGAGAAGAGGAAGAAGAGGAGGACGAGGAGGAGGAAGAGGAAGUGGAGGAGGAGGAGGGGAUGGAGGAGGAUGAGGAGGAGAAACGGGAGGAGGUGACAGGGUUGGAGCUGGAGUUUGGGGAUAUGGGGAAUGUGGAGAUUGGGGCAGAAGAGGGAAUAGAAGGGCAAGAGGAGGAAGAGGAGGCAGAGGAUGAGGAGGAUGAGGAAGAGGUGCCGACCACCCCUGGCGAAUUGGGAUUCACAGAGGACGAAGAAGAGGACGAGGAUGAGGAGGAGGAGGAGGAGGAGGAGGAAGCGGAGGGUGCAGUAGAGGGGGUUGAGGAUGAGGGGGAGGAGGAUGAGGAGGAGGAGGGGGACGAGGAAGGGGAGGAGGAGGAAGACGAGGAAGAGGAAGAGGAAGGAGCGGAAGGAGAGGACGAUGGAAAGAUGGAGGAGGAGGAAGGGGAUGGGCUAGAUGAGGGGUUGGAUGAAGAGGAGGAAGGAGAGGCGGGCACACAGGGCUCACUGGAUGAAGGGUUGGAUGAUCAUGAGGAAGCUGAGGAGGAUGAGGAGGAGGAGAAAGGGGAUGAGGAGGAGCAGCACGAAGAGGAGGAAGAAGAGGAGGGGGGUGAAGAGGAGGAGGAGGAGGAAGAGGAAGGCAAAGAAGGUGAAGAUGGAGAUAAUGAGGUAGGGGGAGAUAGAGGGGAGGACGAUGGAGGUAUUGGUCAAGAGGAAGAGGAGGAUGAGGACGAGGAUACAGAGGAGGGAGGGGAAGAGGCAGAGGAGGGAGGGGAAGAAGAGGAGGCAGAGGAGGAGGGAGGGGAGGAAGAGGAAGCAGAGGAAGAGGGAGUGGCGGAAGAGGAGGCAGAGGAGGAGGAGGGAGGGGAGGAAGUGGACGGAGAAGUUGAGGGAGAGGGUGUGGGAGAAGAGUAUGGGAAGGAGGGAGAUGAGGAGGAGGAGGACAAUGAGGGAGCAGAGGAGCAGGAGGACGAUUUGGAGGCGGACUUAGAAGCAGCGUUGGAGGAGGCAAUGGAUGAGGGUGAACGGGAGGGGGAUAGGGGGAUGGAUGAGGGGGAGGGGGGUUUGGAUGAUGGGGAGGAGGGAGGAGAAGGGGAGGAAGGGGCAGGAGAGGAGGACGAGGAGGAUGAGGAGGAGAAAGAGAGUGCUGAAGGUGGUGCUGCUGCAGAUGAGGAGGCAGGUGGUGUUGUGGCAGGCAGCGGAGAGGGAAUGGUAGGAGGACAGUGGGCAGCUGGUGACAUGGUUGCAGGGAGUGAGGAAGGAGGACAGGGAGAAGAAGAGCAGGGAGUGAGGGGCGAGGCAGAGAGUGGAGGUGCUGCUGUCAAGGGUGCGGAGGAGGCAGAUGGGGGGGUUGGGGGGGAGAGGGAGGAUGAGGAGAUGAGAGAACAGGAGGAUGCUGAUGGUGAAGGGGAAGGUGUGGAAGGGGGAGAAGAGGGCGGUGGGCAGCAGGGCAUGGGUGCUGGUGACGGUGAGACGGAUGCAAUGGAUUGGGCUGGGGAAGGAGAGGGGGAAGGGUCAGGGGAGGAGGAGGGGCUGGAUGGAGGGAGGGGAGACGACGAGGGAGAGGAGGGAGAGGCGGAGGGAAAGGAGGAGGAGGGGAAGCGGAGGAGUGAGCUGCCGGUGCUGUUCAAGGAAGGGGGCAAGGAUGUGUUGCGCUUCUCAGACAUCUUUGGCAUCAAGGGCUCCUUCUGGUCGCUCGUCGUGCAGCGAGGGUCCCGCCCCAAGCGCCACCGCGUGCUGCCUCGUGCGCCUACUGUGUGUGAUCCAGGGCAAGAGGACGAUGAGGUGCUUCUUCGAUCUGCACCGUCACCGAAACGAACAGCUGAGAUGAUGCGAGAGCGAGCUAUUGCUCUUGAGAAAGAGCUACAAUAUCAAGAAAUGUUGGAGAGGGAGGAGGAAGAGGAGGAGGAAGAAGAAGACGAGGAAGAUGAGGAAGAAACAGACGAAGAGGAAGAGGAUGAAGUAGAAGAAGAGGUAGAAUCAGAAGAAGAAGAAGAGGAAGAGGAAGAAGAAGAGGGAGAAGCUGCGGAGGAUGAGGGGGAAAAGGAUGAAAUAGAAUUCAGGGAACAAGAGGCGAUUGGUGCUCAGAUGAAAGAAGAGCGGAAACCAGCAGCAAGGGAGGAGGAGAAGGAGGAGCGGUUGGAGGAAGAGGAGAAUCAGGCCGUAUCUGAAAGAGCUAGGAUAGAGGAGGGUCGAGAAUGGAACAAGGAGGGAAUGGAUGAAAUGGAGAGGGAAAUUAUGAAAGAGGGAAGGGAGGGUGAGGGCGAGGGUGAGGGCGAGGGUGAGGGGCCAGCGGAAGAGGAGAGGGCAAGGAUUGAGGAAAAGAGGAGUGCUGGAGAGGAGGAUGAAAGGGACGGUCAGGAGCAGGGGCAAGCUGAAAGUGACGAGGGAGAGAAAGAUGGGAGUGCGGACGAGGGGAAUGAGAAAAAUGAAGAUGUGGAGAAGGGAGAGAAAGGUGGGAAUGUGGAGAAGGGAGGGUUCGAUGAGAAGGAUCAACGGCCGAAGGAGGAAGGCUUGAGAGGUGAUGCUGAGGUGGCAAUGGAAGGGGACAGGGCAAGGGUUGAGGAAAAGGGGAAUAAUGGAGAGGAGGAUAAUUGGGAGAAGAAAAGGGUUGAGGAGAAGAGGGAUAGGGAAGAGGUGCCUCGGACCACUCUUGAGACGCCUUCAAGCACUUUGGAGGGCGAGCCUAGAGGGCUAGAGGGCGGUGGCUCAGAGAAAGAAACUAGGUAUGAGGGAGCGAGUGAGGGAAAGAGUGAGGGAGGGAGUGAGGGGACGAGUGCGGUUAUGGUGGAUGUGAAGAAGGAUGAGCGGGUCAAGGUUGAGGAGGAGAGAGGAGGUGGGAGGGAGGAAGAGGAGGCGAAAAUAGGAGAAGGAGACGGGGCAGGAGGGGCAAGUGCUGAAGGGGCAAGUGCUUCAGGGGCGAAUACAGCAGUGGAAAAUGGAGAAAAAUCAGGAGGGGAGGCAGGAGGUGGAGUGAAGCAGGUGGUUGGAGAGGGUAUGGAGACGCAGGAGAUGGAAGUGGAGCGAGCAGAGGUGGGGCAGGGUGACUUGGGGGAGGUGGGGACUGGGCAGGGUGACAGAGGGGAGGUGGGAAGUGGGCAGAGUAACACAGGGGCAGGGGCAGCGGUGGGGCCUGGAGAGCAGGACAUGGGGGUUGGAGAGGGCACGGAGAAAGGGGUUGAAACCAGCAAGAUGGAGGUUGAGAAGUCAAAUGUUGAGACUUCUCAAAGCCCUAUAAGGGCUGGAAAGGACAAGGAGAGAGGGGCUGACACUGGCAACAUGGAGGUUGAGAAAUCAGGGGAGGAUGUUGAAGGGGCUGGAAGGCGUAUUGGUGGGGGCGAUGGGGGAGAGACUGCACGCAUGGACGUGGACCAAUCUGAAGGGGUAGGGGUGGAGCAGAGGGAAGGUGAGGGGCUAGGGGCGGAGUGCCAGGGAUUGCGUGGUGCUGCAGAGGAAGCUGUUUUGGGGGCGUGUCAACAGGGGCCUGAGGGGGUGGGAGUGAGGGAAGGAGAGGAGGGCGUGGUAGGGAGGAAAGGAGAGGGGUCACAAGUUGCGGAGGGGUUAGAUGGUGCAGAAAAAGGGUUGCAUGGUGCACAUGAAGGGUCACUAGUGGCAGUAGGGGAAACGGAGGCCGUGAGGGAACGUGAGGUCAAGAAGAGUGAAGGGGCUGAGGAGAGCACAAGGGGAAAGAAUGAGGAGGCGGAGGAGACGGGGAAAGAGAGUGGGGAGGGGAGGGAGAGAGAGGGUGAGGAGAUGGGGAGCGGGAAUGGGGAAGAGGAGAGAAUUCAAGUGCCUUCUGAAACGAGGGAACAAUGUGCUGUCCCUGAGAUGCCUCAGAAACAGUCAGUUGAAGAUGAAAGUGCAGCAGGUGGUGCUGAGGGUGGUAAUAAUGAUGGAAGGGACGGCGAAGUGGGCGGCAACGGAGGCAGCAUAGAGGACGGCGUGAAGGAUGGCAGUGAAGAGAGCAAGAAAGAAGGGAAGGUGGCGGGGGCAGGCGAAGGUGAUGGGGAUGGGGACAGGCGAGGGAGUGGAGAUGGGCUUGGUGAUGCGAAUCAGAUCGGCGGGGGUGAUGGGCAUUUGAAUGGGCAUGGUGAUAGGCGUGUGGGUGGUGAUUCUCGUAAAGAUGGGGAUGGGAAUGGGAUUGGGGAUGGGGAUGCGUUGAGGAGGGUUGUGCAGAGUGAGAAUGGGGUGGAGAAGGAGGGCGAUUGCCUGGUCCGUGGGGAGAAAGAGGGUAGAGGGAGGGGAGAAGAGGAGGAUGCAGGGCGGAUGGUUACAGAGGAGAGUGGCGUGGGGACAGGUGAGGCAAGGGAGAAAGAAGGAAAGGAAGGAGCGAAAGGAGAGGAUGGAGGGAAAGGAGAGGGAGACGGGCUUGUUGGUGAUGGGAGCGAGAUUAAAAUGCAAGUGGUGGAUGAGAGUGUGGAGGGAGGAAAGGGCGAUGGGACCAAUAAUGGUGGUGACGGUGAUGAUGGUGGUGAUGUAGAGGGUUUGAGGGAGAACGAAGAAGAUGGUAGGGAAAAGGAGCAAGAGCAAAGGGAAGGAGCAGGAGAGAAAGAGAAGGGAGGAGAGGAAGAGGGGAGAGGAGAGGAGGGGGGCGAGAAAAGGACCGUGGUAGGCGAGGAUUUGGAGGGGAAAGGUGAGAUGAAGCUUGGAGUGGAAGGGGGUGGGGAGCAGGAGGAGAUGGCUGCGGCAAGGGAUGGCAAGCUGGGAGAUAGCAGUGAUAGAGGGGAUGGCAAUAUAGAGGAUGAUAAUAGAGAGGAUAAAGGUAGAAAGGAUGAGACGAUACAGGUUGGUAGUAGAAGAGAUGGUGAUAAAGGGGAUGUUAAUAAGGCAGUUGGAUUGGAGGAGGGAGCGGGGGAGGGAGUGAGGGAGGGGGUGGAGGAGGGAAGAAUGGGUUAUGUAAUGGAAGCUAUGGGCGAGAAGGGGGAGAAGAAGGGAGAGCAGAAGGAUGAGAAGGGGGAGAAGAACGAGGAGAAGGGAGAGGAGAAGGAGAAGGUUGAGAAAGGGGAGGAGAACGAGGAGAAGGGAGAGGAGGAGGAGAAAGGGGAGAAGGGGGAGGAGGAGGAGAAAGGAGAGGAGAAGGAGAAUGGGGAGAAGGAGGACGAAGGGGAGGAUGGUGAACAGAUGGAGGUGGACGCACAGCCUGUUGAAGAGAGAGAGGGUGGAGAGGAGGGGAAGGAAGUGGGGGAAAGGUUGGAGGAGCGGAAGGUUGAGGAAGGGAGGAAAGAGGAGGAAGAGAAAUUUAAGGAAGAGAAUGAGGCGGGGGAGAAAGUUGAGAGGAUGGAAGUGGAAGGAGAAACCGAAGAAGGGGGCGAAGAAAAGGGAGAGGACAAAGAGGGGGGGCGAAAGAAGGAGCCUGUGAAUGGGAGUGAGAGACAGGGGAUGGGAGGGGGCGAUGGCAGUGGUGCGGUGGAGAGAGGGUGCGGAGAGAAGCAAGGUAACGUGGCAGGGGUGGAAGGCAAAUGUGGGAUGGGGAUCCCUCCUGAAGGGGAGGGAGAGAAGGGGGUGAACGAUGCAGGACGAGUUGAUGGGGAGGCAGGCGAAAUGAAGAGGUUGUGGAUGGGAGAGGCAGGGGAAGGAGAGGGUAUGAUGCUGGAGGGACAAGGACAUCAGGUGCAGGGGGGAGUGGUGGGGGGUUUGGUGGAGGGAAUGGUGGGGGGAUCUGGGGAGUUGAAGGAGGCACAGCAGCCACAGGAGUGUGUUGAUGGGUAUGAGAAGGAAGGGGAGGAGGAGGCAAAGGGAGAGGAGGGAAAGGGAGACGAGGGUGAGGGUAAGGAGGAUGGGACGGAUGAAGCUGCAGUUGAUGGUAGACAGGUGGGGAUGGGCGCAGAGAAGAGUGAGUUUGAGGACGGUGCUUCUAAUGCCUGUGCAGCGGGGGAGGGUAGUGAGAAGGAUAAGGAGGAUGGGACGGAUGAAGCUGCAGUUGAUGGUAGACAGGUGGGGAUGGGCGAGGAGAACAUCAAGUGUGAGGACGGUGCUGCUGAUGCCUGUACGAGAUGUGAUGGCAGUGGAGAGGGCAGUGGGGAGGGCAAUGGAGAGGGAAGUGGAGAGGCGACUGGAGAGGAGAUUGGAAAGGGGAGUGGGGAUGGCAAAAGUGAGGAUGCUGCUGUGUGUGAGGGGUGGGACACAGUCGAAGGAGACAGAGGUAGCUUGGGAGAGGGGGAGGGAGUGGUAGGGGAGAAGGAAGGGGGGAAGGAGGGGGGAGGAGUGGGAGGGGAGGGAAGAGAAGGAAGGUUGUCUGAGGAGGGAGGGGAUGGGGGAAGGGGAGGCGAGGGAGAGGAGGGGGGCGAAGAGAAGGGGAUGAGAAAGGGAGUGGUUGGGGAGGGAGGAAAGGAAUGGCAAGAGAGAGGAGCAGGCGAAGGGAUGCAAGAGGGAGAAGUAGGACAGGGGGAGGAUGGUGAAGGGGAAGUGGGAGUGGUUAAAGUGAAGGGGGCGGGUCAUGAAGACGAAGGAGAAGAGGGAAGAGAAGCAGGGCGAGAGAUGGUGAUGGUGGGGGGGGGUAGUCUGAACGAAGGAGGGAAAGAGAGUGAUGAAAGAGGGCGGGAGAUUGAGGGGAUGAUGGUGAGAGGUGGUCUUGAGGAACGAGGAGGAGCGAGAAGAGAAGCAAGUCGAGAAAUUGUGGCGGUAGGCACGAAAUUGGGCAAGAGAGCGGACAGAGCAAAGCUCAAGGCGGCAAAGAAGGUGCUAAAAAAAAAGACGCGUAAAACGAGGAUGAAGAGGCCAUCAAAGGGGGCUGUUCGGCAGUCUCUGGGCGGGUCAUUCUUUCAAAAGCAGGGCCGUUUGGAGGAAAGGGAUGAGCUGAUGGAGUCGUUUGCAGGGGUGUUUGACAGCACGCCUGGUGCUGUGUUCUCUGCUCUCAUGCAGAGCGACUGGGAGGACCAGAUCGUGUGGGGCAGCCCUGAACGCGCCGAGAGCUGGGAGGGCGAGGGUGAGGGUGAGAGACGGGAGAGAGGUGGAGUGGGGGUGACGGGGCAUGGGGAGAGGGAAGGAGAGGAAGAGGAGGAGGACGAGGAGGAAGAGGAGGAGCGGAAGGGGAGGAGGGAGGAACGUGGUGAGAGGGAAAACGGGGAUGUGGAGGGGAAGAUGGGAAGUGAAAGGCACAUGGAGACGGAUAAAGUGAAGAUGGAUGGCACGAGAGAGGGUGGUAUUGGAGCAGAGCAAGGCGGCAAGGAGGAAGGGACUAUUGAGAGGCUUGAUAUUUCUGGCGGGGAGGAAUCAGACGAGGAUCUAGAAUGGGAGGAUGGCGGCACAGGGGGCUCAGGUGAAGAGAAGGGUGAAAAGAGCAGUAAGGGUGGAGGGAAAAAGGGAGGUGUGCUGGUGGCGGCACGAAAGCAGCAGCCGCCAGCAGAGCUGGUGGGGCAGUAUGGGGAUGUGCUGGUGUAUGAUGAUGGGGUGGUUCUUGAGCCCAUAGGUGCGUCUUGGCCCAAGCCCAGGGCGUUCAGAGGCUGGGAGGAGGACGGAGAGGCUCGGGAAAUCCACCCGCUGCUGCUCCGGCUCGAGUGCCAGGCUCGGGCCGAAGCUGGGGCCAAGGCUCGGGGAAGGAGGAAGGUGGGAGAAAAGGGAGGUGGGGUUGGAGGGGGAGAGGGAGGGAGUGGUGGUGGUGCAGGUGGGGAGGGGGCAGGGGGUGUGUCUGGUGACGCGGAAGGUGAUGGUAGGGGCGAUGGUGGUGUUGGUAAGCUUGAUGAUAUGCCUGGGGAUGAGCAUGGGCGUGAGCAUGAGGCAGAGGGGGAGGAGGAGGAGGAUGAGGAGGAAGAAGAAGAGGAUCCAGCCAAGGCGGCAGUGAGGAGGCGAGUGAGAGAGGUGCUGCGGACUGCAGCCGUGCCUAGAAACACAGAGCUGGACUCGGGCGCAUGGUUGGAUGCGGUGCUGUGGGGUGAUGAAGAUGAGGAGGAGGACGAGGGCGAGGAGAGGAAGGAGGCGGGUGAGGAGGAGAGGGAGGGGAAGAGGAAGGGUAGCAUGAGGGAAGGGAGAGAGGGGAGUGUCACUACAGACGCUCCUGUUCUGCUGACCUUCUCACAGGUGUUUCCACGGGCUUCAAGGCGCAUAAAGGUGCACAAGCCAACGAAACUGGCACCGUCCACCGUGGAUGUUCCCUUGGCCCGCCCUUCUCUCCUAUCUCGCCCCGCUCCUCCGCGCAUAAUCUUUGACCUCAGCGAUCGCCGCAUGACCUUCCAGCUGGUGGGACCGGUGGGAGAAGUCACUUGGAGGGAAGGUACUGGGGUGGGGAGUUCUUUGCUGGGGAGGGUAUCGCUGGUGGGUGUGACUGAGGCAGGUGCAUCUAGUGCAGGUGUUUCUGGGGCAGGUGCAGGGCCAGGUGGUGUAGUUGCAGGUGCGGGUGGGGCGAGCGGCAUGGAGGAGGUUGCAGGGAGGGUGGAGGCAUGUGGAGAGGAUGUGGCAGGUGGUGCUGGGACGACGAUUUCUUUGAUCGACCAUGCGUUGGCUAUGAUUGUGCCAGCUCAGCCGCUCGUCGUGCCACAUCAGCAGCAGCAGAUGCUGACGCUCCCGACGUCAGCACCCGUAAGUGUCGGCGAAACAGCAGCCGCCGCUGCCACCCCUGCCACCACCACCGCCGCAGCAGCAGCAGGAGCAGCAGCAGCAGCAGCAGGAGCAAGCGCGUCUGAACCCAGCAGCUCCAUCGUCCCUCCACCACCCUCCCUCUCCUCCACGCUCCCAUCAGCACACCGCCCACUCCCAGGCGACGCAGCAGCGGGGUGGCUGCCUCCCGAGUUCCUGGCAGAGGCAGCAGCGUGGGCGGUGGAUUUCUCGCGGGACCAUCUGUACCAGAGCAGCAAGGCGGGCGUGGGGGCGGUGGGCGGGGCUGGGGGUGGAGGGAAGGCGCACGGGAAGAAGCGUGCGAGCACGAGCGUGAAGGUGUACCACUCGCUGCCGGCUAUUCGACUUCAGACGAUGAAGCCACGACUGAGCAACAAGGUCCUAUCGCGCUUCCACCGUCCACAGGCGCUGUGGUUUGCGCACCAGAGCGAGGCAGCAGCAAGGGCGCAGGGGCGUAUAGAGGGGCAGGAGGGCAGCCUGCGCGUGAUCGUGCGGACUCUGGGCAGCAAGGCUGUGAAGCUGCACGUGGGCGCGGGGGAGAUGCUGGGUGCACUCCGGGCCAAGACAGCCAAGAAACUGGGAGACAUGAAGGAGAGUGAGCCGGUACGCUUCUUCUCAAACAACCAGGAGGUCACAGCAGGCAGGCCGCUGGGAGAGCAGGGCGUGCGGAGCAACGCCAUCAUCCACGUCGUGCGCCCGCGCCUGCACCCCUGGGGGCGAGCGCACCUGAAGCUCCCCGGCGACAGCAAGCCCAAGCGUCCCCCUGGGGCGUUUCGGAAGAAGGCGGAUCUGUCGGUGAAGGAUGGCCACGUGGACUAUUUCAUCCGCCUUUCUCUUCCUUUCCCCUCCCCCCACUUUCUUCUCUCCCUCCACCUAUCCCCCCCCCUCCCUCCCCGUCCCUUUCCCUCCUCCUUCUUCUUUCCCCCCCUCUCCCCCCCCCUCUCCCGCCCUUCCCCCCCCACCCGCAGGUACUGUGAGGAGCGCCCGUUACUCCUGAGUAACGUGGGCAUGGGCGCCCGGCUCGCCACCUACUACCGCAAGAUCUCGCCCGUCGAUUCCGGCGCCGCUGCGAUCCGGGACGUCCCUUUCUCCGGCUCGGUGAUGCCGCUCGAACCGGACGAGGAGUCCCCGUUCCUGGGCGACGUCAGGCCCGGCACGAGCCAGUCCAGCCUCGAGACGAACCUGUUCCGAGCCCCGGUGUUUCGGCAGCAUGUGCCGCAUACGGACUACCUGCUUGUCCGGUCGCCGAAAGGGAAGCUUUCUAUAAGGAGGAUAGAUGGCAUGCAAGUGGUGGGGCAACAGGAGCCGCAUAUGGAAGUUAUGAAUCCGAUCUCUAAAGCUGCCGUACUCCAUAGUAGCAACCGCCUUAUGGUUGAAGUCUGUCGGACGUUUCGUGAUUAUGACAAGGAUAAAGACGGCGGCGGGAGCGGCGGUGGGAAGGGAGCGGCGCAAGGGAAGGGUGGGAAGAAGGGGGGGCGGCGGGCAGUGGUGAACGCGCCUAAAGUAAGGGCGGAUGAUAUUGCGGCGCAGUUCCCCACGCUCACCGAGGGGCUUAUAAAGAAGCGGCUUAAAACGUGUGCGGAGCUGCAGCGGCUGGAGGGCGGCGAGAUGUGGUGGGUGAUGCGGAGAAACUUCCGGGUUCCUUCCGAGGAGGAGCUGAGGAGAAUGGUGACUCCAGACUCGGUGUGCUGCCAUGAAAGCAUGCUCGCAGGCCUGCACCACCUUCGACGAAUAGGAAUCCGCCACCUCACCAACGCAUCGCCGCCUCUCAGCACCGCCAUCGCCCAGCUUCUCCCGGACAACCCGAUUAAGAUGGCAGCGAGUCUGCUUAUAGAGAGGGAGUUACUGCUCACUCCCUGGAACCUAUCCCAUAACUAUGUAUCGAGUAUGACUCACGGGAAAGGGGGGCUAGAGAAGCUUGAGAUUAGCGGAGCUGGGGACCCUUCUGGCCGUGGCCUGGCGUUUUCCUUUCUCAAAAUCCAGCACAAGCAGCCAGGAGCAGAGAAGAUCAAGGUGGUGGAAAAACGGGCGGCGCAGGCUCGGGGUGGGGCAGCGGUGACAGGCACGGACGCAGACCUGCGCAGGCUCGGCAUGGAGGCGGCUCGGGAGGUGCUGCUGAAACUGGGAGUGGCAGACGAGCAGAUCCAGAAGAUGGGGCGGUGGCACAGGAUAGCUCUGGUGAGAAAGCUGUCUUCGGAGCAAGCGGCCGCUGCUGCAGGGAAGAGUGGUGAUUCUGUCGCUGCGCUGAAUAAAUUUGCGCGCGGGCAACGCAUGUCGUUUUCGCAGCUGCAGCUGCAGACGCGGAGCAAGUGCCAGGAGGUGUGGGAGAAGCAGGUCAGGAGCUUAUCGGCUCUGGCGGAAGGGGAGGAGGAGGAAGAGGAGGAGCUGUUGGGGGACUUAGACUCGUUUGCGGGGGACUUGGAGAAUCUGCUGGAGGCUGAGGAGGGCGGGGAGGAGGAGAGGGAGGGAGGUGGGGCGAGAGGAGGGGGCGUGGGGGGGAUGAGGAGGAGGAGGGCUUGGGAGGUGCAGCGAGAGGAGGAGCUGGAGGAUGAGGAGGCAGAGGCUGCUGCGCUCAGGCGCAUGCUGCUAGAAGGUGGGUUGGGAAUGUGGGCGUGGGAGGUGCAGCGAGACGAGGAGCUGGAGGAUGAGGAGGCAGAGGCUGCUGCGCUCAGGCGCAUGCUGCUUGGAGAUGAUGAUCCCAAGGAGAACAGCAAGAAGAAGAAGGAUAAGAAGAAGGAGAAGGAGAAGAGCAAGGAGAAAGAGAAGGAGAAGGAGAAGAAGGAGGAUGGAGGGGAGAAGAGCAGCGCUGCAGCUGCCAAGCACGGCGAGGCAGGAGCAGGAGGAAUGGUGGUGCGUCCUUGGCUUGGCUCCUUCCUUGGUUUUCCUUGGGCUGUAUUUGCCUCCUUGCCACCUCCCAUCUCUUCCCCCCCCCUCCCUUGCAUCCUUGCAUAUGAAACGGUUUAUUGUCCUCAAAUUCUUCGCAAUCCGCUUCCUCCUCCUCACUCCUCCCCUCUCAUCUCCGUGCCUCCCUUCUCCUCCCGUCUCUCCCCCCUCCACCCCUCUCCUCCCGACCAAGAGGCUGGGAAAGUUGCAGCAGCAUCAGCAGCAGGAGGCGCUGAGGGGGCCGGAGGGGUAGCGGUGGGUGCGGAGGGAAAGAAGCGGGUGGUGGUGAAACGGCUGAAGAAGAAGAUCAAAUCGCGGCUUCCCGAUGGCACGUUUGUGUUCAAAGAGAUCAUCAUCACGGACCCACAGCUGAUCGAGGCUGAGAUGGCCAAGCGAUCAGCCCUGGCAGCACAGAGAGGCGCGGCAGGGGGAAAAGGAGGGCAGCAGGCAGAGCAGCAGGCGGGGCAGCAGGCGGGGCAGCAGGAGGGGCAGCAGCAGGAGCAGGGAGGAGGGGCAGAGAAGGGCCAAGCAGGUGCAGACGAAGCAAGCAAAGCUGCUGUGCCCGCCCCUCCCUCCCAACCACCUGCCACACCUUCGAAAAAGGCUGCCCCAGAUAAGGGGGGUGAGGGCGAGGGGGCAGGAAAGAAGCGGAAGAGGGGAGGGCAGGCAGGAGCCAAGGCAGAAACCCCCGCCAAGGGAACCCCCUCUAAAGGGACCCCCACUCCCACCAAGAAGGAAGCUGCUGGGAAGAAGGACGGCAGUGGGCCAAAGAAAGGACAGAGGGCGUCAGUGGUGUGUGGGGCGUGCGGGCAGGAGGGGCACAUGCGCACUAACCGCGCUAAGUGUCCCCUCUAUAUGGAGGAUGAGGAGGGGAAUCAGAUUCACAGGGAUGGGGCGCUGGCAGAGGGGUUGUUAGAGAGGAAAGGGACGAAGAUCAAAAUUAAGUCGAAGCUGCUGCUGGGGAAGGCUGGGGGAAAGGGGGGAGUUGAGGGGUCGGGUGGAGGAGUGAGUGGUGCUGGGGGGUGGAGUGGGGUGGGAGGCGGUGGUGGGAAGGUUGGUUCUGCUGGUGCCGGUGGUGUUGGUGAGGGUGCAGGCGAUGGUGAUGGUGGUGCUGCUGAUGCUGGGGAUGGGGAGGAUGGAUGUGAUUUUGAUCUGACAGCCACACAGCCUAGCCAAGCCAGUUAUGGUGCUGAUGCUGCUGCUGGUGGUGCUGCUGGUGGUGAUGGUGAUGCUGGUGUUGGUAAGAAGGGUAAGGAGAAAAAGGAGCGGAAGGAGAAGAAGGGGAAGAAGGGGAAGAAGGAGAAGGAGGAGAAGAAGAAAGGGAAGAAAAGUUCUCACUCUGCUUUGGAUGAUGAAUCCCCAGGAGGAGAGUCUCCCUCUGCUCACGAAGCUUCCAUGCAGCUUCAGCUUGCGGACAACACUAUCGAGAGGAUCACGGGAGGAGGUGUGAGCGAGAGGGAGGGGAGUGAGAAGGGAGGGAGUGAGAAGGGGAGGAAAAGGGGAAUGGGGAAGAAAGUGUCUCUGAAGGUGAAAUUCCCUAGUGUGAAGAUCAAACUGGGAGGCAAAGGAGGUUCCGAGGCGCAAGGGAAUGUGGGGGAAGGGGAGGAUUCGCAUGGAGGAAAAGGGAGAGGGCGUGGGGAGGAGGAUUUGGCAGGGAUGCAUGGCGAUAUCAGGGGUGAGGGGUGGCAAGGAGAGGGGGACAAGGGAGGAGAUGAGGAGGGGGAGGUUGGUGGUGAGGGAGAGGAGGAGGAGGGGCAUUUGGAGGGAUGGGGGAGGAAGGAGGAGAAGAAGAGGAAGCGGAAGAGGAGAGAGAGGGGUGGGGUGAACAGAGGGUUGGAGAGGCAGGAGGGGGAUGGUGGGCAAGAGGGGGGAGGGGCAGUAGGAGCAGGGGAGGAUGAGGAAGGUGGGAGGAAGAGCGGAAGACAGGGUGAGGAGGAGAGGAGUGUUGGGAAGAAAAGUAGGGAGUUUCAGAAAAGGAGGAGGAACGAAGGGGAGGGGGACAGGGAGUGGCAAGAGGAGAGUGUGGAGGAAGGAUACCAUAAGCCGAAGAAGCUGAGGAGAGAGGAGAGGAGCGCACGUGGGGAGAGGACUGGGGAUGAGGAGGAGGAGAGGGGGCGACAGGAGCAGCAGCAAGAGGAGGCAGAGUCAGCGGCAGAGAAGCAGGGCAGGAGAGGUGAUGAGAUGCGGCAGCGAUUCAAGAAGGCAGCAAGGGGUGGGUUAGAUCCGUUCGAAGAGGAAGGAGAGAUGGAAGAGGUGAAAGGUAGUGUGAGGAAUGAAGAAUGGGAGAGAAGGCAGGGGAGUGAGAGGAAGGGCGAGAAGAGGAGGGAAUGGAGGGAAGAGCAUGAGAGGGAGAAGGAGAAGAAAAGGGAGAAGGGGCUGGAGAGUGAAGCUAUUGGCAGUUAUGCCGAACCUCACCCUGCUGCCAGGAGGCUUGCUGCUUCGGAGAGGGAGCGAGGAGGCUCGGCAUCACCAGGUUCGGUAGACAGGCUCGGUAAAGCUGCUGGUAAGGACAGGCAUGGUGAAGGGUGGGUUGGGAAAGAGGGUUGGGAGAGGGGGAGGAGUGAGGAAGGAGAGGGUAAGGUGCACGAGAGAAAAGGGGAGGAGAGGGAGAGGAGGAAGGAUAGGGUAAAAGAGAGCAGGCAUUAUGAAGACAAGGAUAGGGAGAGAGUAAGGCACAAGGAGAGGGAUUGGGAAGGAGCUAGGGAAAGGGAGAGGGAUAGGGAGAUAGGGAAGGAGAAAGGAGAAGGAAGGAUAUUGAAGCUAAAGCUUGAGAGGAAAGAUAGUGAGAGGGAUAGGGGAGGGGAACGAGCAAGGGAAAGGGAGAGGGAUACUGGGGUGCGGAGAGGGGGGAAUGAGGUGGAUAGGGAUGGAUGGGAGGAAAAGGGGCAGGAGAGGAAGCAGGAUCGUGAGUGGGGACGCGAGAAGGACAAGGGCGAGGAGAAGAGGAGAAAAGGAGAUGCACACGGGGAGAGAGAUGAGUGGAGGGGAAGGGAAGAUAGGGACCGGAAAGAGACGAGGGAGGGAAGAGAAGAGAGGGAGGGGAAAGAGGAGAGGGAGCGGAGGCGAGAGAAGGAGAGGAAGGAGAAGGAGAGGAGGGAGGAGAGGGAGAGGAGGGAGGAGAGGGAGAGGAGGGAGGAAAGAGAAAGGUCUCGUUCUGUAGGUAUUGAAGAGCCACGAGGGAAGGGCCGAGAGGAGAGAGAGGUGAGAGAGGAGAGAGACAGGGAUUGGCAGGAGGAGGAGAGGAGACACGAGGGGGCGCAUGGAGGGAAACGGCGCAGUUCUCAAGCUCUUAAGGGACCUCGCUCAAAGGGGGUGGCGGGGGAGGGAGCGAAGCGCAGCGCUACUCCUGGUGCUUGGGACAGUGGUGGUGGGCGCAGCGAGGGGGGGAGGGGAGGAGGGCCGGCUCUGAAGCGUGUGAAGCUGCCUGAAGGGGGUGUUCUGCUGCGGCACCCGAACGUGCUGUCGCUUCUGAACAGCCUGGAGGUGGAGAAGGAGGAGGGCGGCGUGCAGAAGCCGACCAUCUACAUCAUCACCGAGCCCGUCAUGCCACUGGACCUGCGACUCAAAGAGCUCAAACUCAAGGGGCCGCAGAGGGAUGAGUACUACGCAUGGGGAUUGCUGCAAGUGGCCAAGGCUGUCAGCUUUCUCAACAACGACUGCAAGCUGGUGCACGGCAACGUGUGCAUGGCGUCGGUGGUAACCACCGGUGCGCUGGAUUGGAAGUUACACGGCUUUGAUGUGUUGUCAGAGUUCGAUGGGGGCAAGGCAGACGCCCCUGAGGGGCCCAUGCUGCCAUACGAGUGGAUGGUGGGCACGCAGUACAAGUCAAUGGAGCUCGCCAAGAGCGACUGGGCGGCCAUCAGGAAGGGCCCUCCCUACGCCAUUGACUCCUGGGGCCUUGGCUGCUUGAUUCAGGAGGUGUUCUCGGGGCACCAGCUGACACGCACAGAAGAGCUCAGAAACACAGCCUGCAUUCCCAAGACGCUUCUCCCGGACUACCAGCGCCUGCUCAGCUCUGCCCCUGCCAGGCGACUCAACCCCGCCAAGCUCAUUGACAAUAGUGAGUUCUUUCAGAACAAGCUAGUGGAGACGGUGCAGUUCAUGGAGGUGCUGAGCCUCAAGGACAGCGUCGAGAAGGACGGAUUCUUCCGCCGCCUCCCUGCCCUGUGUGACCAGCUCUCGCGCCCCAUCCUGCUCAACAAGAUCCUGCCCCAGCUCGCCUCUGCUCUUGAGUUCGGGUCUGCACCUGCUCCUGCACUGUCUGUGUUGCUGAAGCUGGGCGGGUGGCUCAACCAGGAAGAUUUCAACGCUAAGGUUCUCCCCACUCUUGUGAAGCUCUUUGGCUCGUCAGACCGAGCCAUCCGGGUGUCACUACUGCAGAAUCUGGACUCGUUCGGAGCGCAGAUAGCCCCCAACGUGGCAGAGGAGCAGGUGUUUCCGCACCUCAGCUCUGGCUUCACUGACACCUCGGCGCUGCUCAGAGAGCUCACACUAAAGUCCAUGCUGCUGCUCGCCCCCAAGCUCUCGCAACGCACUCUCGGAGGGUCGCUGCUCAAGCACCUCUCAAAGCUGCAGGUGGACGAGGAGGCAGCCAUCCGCACCAACACCACCAUUCUGCUCGGCAACAUUGCCAGACACCUCAACGACGCUACGCGCAAGCGAGUGCUCAUCAAUGCCUUCACUGUUCGCGCUCUAAGGGACGCCUUCCCCCCUGCCAGAGCUGCAGGCAUAAUGGCACUGUCAGCCACACGGGAAUACUACGAUGCCACUGAGAUCGCCACCCGCAUUCUGCCUGCUCUGGUGGUGCUCACUGUAGAUGCCGACACUGACGUGCACACCAGGGCAGUCCAGGCCGCCUUCUCAUUCCUCCAGUCCGUCUCUGAUUUCCACGCUAAGUGGCAGCCGGAAGGGCACACAGCUGGACAUCAAGCCCAGAGGCCAGCAGCCACACCUACAGCUCCCGCUGCUCCCAUCUCACUGCCUACCCUGUUCUCACUUUUCCCUCUCCUGCCGCUGCUGUUGAUCUCUUCGUUCCAAUGGCAGCCGGAAGGGCACACAGCUGGACAUCAAGCCCAGAGGCUGGCAGCUGCUGCUGCUCCUGCUGCUCCCAUCUCUCACUUCCUACCCUCUUCCCACUUUUCCCCUCCGCGUCGAUUGCUCUCUUCGUUCCAAUGGCAGCUGGAAGGGCACUCGGUUGGACAACAAGCCCAGGGAGUAGCCGCACCCCCUGCUGCUGCCCCUGCUGCUUCUUCCAUCUCACUUCCUACCCUCUUCCCACUGUUCCCUCUUCUGUCUGAUACUACUGCUGUUGGCUUUUUCCUCACUCACCUCAGCGGGCUGUCAGCAUUCGUGUUCAUCUCCAUUCCCAAGGCGGGCCAGGAACAGCAGUGUUCCCAAGGCUGGCCACUCCCACCAUUCGUGUGCAUGUCUUAUCAUCCCUCUAAACCCCUCCGUUCUCCCUCCCAUACCCCCGCCUACUCAACUCCAGCAGCAUCAGAGCCUGAGGGCAACGGGUGGGGAGAAAUCGAGGAAGAGGAGGAGGAGGAAGAGCAGCCGAAACCAAAGCCCUCAGUUCACCGACCAGCCCCUGCCAGACCCACCGCCCCCGCCAGACCCACCGCCCCCUCCUCUCACACCUUCUCCAAGCCUGCCCCAGCCGCACCUUCCCCAGCUGAACCCGAAGCAGAGGAGGACGAGGAGGAGGAUGGGGACGGGUGGGGCGAUCUGGAUGAUGGGAAGGAGAGUUCUGCGUCUAAGGGUGCUGCUGCUGCUUCUGCCGCCGCUGCUGCUGCUGCAGCCUCUCUCUCUCGCAUGCAAGCAGCCCAGCAACGACCGGUGGUGCAUCACACUCCUGCUGCUGCUCCUGCUGCUACCCCUGCAGCAGCAACAGCUCCCACUGCGUCGCCUCAAAAAGCAGCACCAGUGCGGCCAGCAGCGGUGAGAUUAGGUGGAGGAGCAGCGGCAGGCAAGGCCGGUGGGUCCCUGGGUGUGACAAGAGGGAAACCGGCACCAGCAGCAGCCUCGUCUGCUGCCUCACACUCAACCAGUAAGGAUGAGGAUCCCUGGGCCGCCAUCGCUGCUCCUGCUCCUGUCAGCUCGGCCAAGCCUCUGCGCGCCGGAGCUGGCACAUCUGGCUCGGCAGUUAGCAGAGGUUCGGCAGCAAGCCGAGGCGGAGCUGGUGGUACGGCAAGUGGGCAUGUGAAGCUGCCAGCAGGGGCGAAUAUGGAUCUAGAGAGUAUGCUUGGGGAUGACAGUGGGGGGAAGAAGCCCACUGGCAUGAGGCUAGGAGCACAGAGAAUCAGCCGAUAG